AUUUUAAUUUGAACUUCAUACAUUCUACAAAAAUGGAUACAACUAUGGUAGCAAACUUAAACCCUGGUGAUGGAGACAAGCCAAUAGAAAUAAAAGUCAUUAGGAAAUGGUUAUCAUAUGGGAAAAAAGCUGAAUGUUGCUACAUAUUCCUUGAUAAAAGUGGAGAUGCAAUAGAAGCAUGUGGUUGCUUGGGAGAUAAAGGCUACUUUGAUUCGAUAAUCAGGAUGGAUGGUUGUUACUCUGUAAGCAACUACGUGUGUGACAAUGCAAAUACUUUCUUUGUUACUGUCCCACACAAAACCAAAAUCAAGCUAGGCAGGGCAACAAAAUUUGAAGAAAUACGUGAUGAUGGAUUUCCUGUGUACUACUUCAAUUUUCUUGCAUAUGGUCAAUUAGGUGCAAGGCUUGAUAACCAUAAGACACUCACAGAUUAUAUCGGAAGAGUUGAAAAUGUGUAUGAAGUAGUCAGAACUCAAGGAAAUGCAAUUUUGAAACUCAAACUAGAAAAUUUGAGUGAUUGAGACAACUUUCUGGGAUGAGGCGGCUAACUCAUUUGAUAAAGAAGCUAUCGAAGCAUUACCUUCUCCUGUUAUUGUUGCUAUUACUUCAAUGAAAGUCACACAGUAUCUAGG